AGCCCUAAAACCGCCAAACCCUGUCGCAAACCUGCUCGUUUCCGAUUCGCAGAUCUCACCCAAAUAUAACAGCACGCGAGAGAUAAACGAGCACGCAGACGCUUGUAGAAGCUGCUGCGUGUUUGCAUUUAUUUCUUGCUAUUCACGCAAUUUCUCUCUCCAUACAAACGAGCCGUUAUAGUAUUAGGGCCUCAUAUGAAUGUCGGCAUCGCAAAGGAUCCUCUGUAACCUCGUUCAAUCACUCCCUCCUUAUCAUCGUUCGACUUCCACCAACUUCAAUCCUAGAAUUUUCGCAUUCUUCCGCUCGCCGCCUUCGUAUCUAAUCCUAACUCGCGCUCUCCGUUUUGAUAAGUCCAUUUCUGCUUCUCGUUUAGCCAUGCCUAAGGGAAGUAGGCAUAAAGAAAAUAAAUGGAUUCAGGAUCCAAAAGCUCAAAAGUCAUCUACUGCCAUAGAAAGGGACUCUGACUCUGCAUCUGUUUCUGAAGCAGUUACUAACAAGCUUGGGGGAUUGACUCUAUCUGAGGAUAGUGGAAAAAUGCAUGUUCAGACCCCGCCCAUACAACUUGGGAGUGUACAUGCGAACCUGAGGGCUUUGCAGGGUGGUCAAAAAGCAAUCUGGCAAGCUGAGUCGUAUGAAAAAGUACCCGUUGGAACGGCAGCUGUUGAAAUUCACUCAAAUAUAUCGGAAACAGCAGGACCUCCGAAAAGCAGUGUUGGUCUUAGUAAGUUUUUCAAGGGUAAUUUUUUGGAAAAUUUUUCAGUGGACAACUCAACUUAUUCGCUUGCUCAAAUCCGAGCCACCUUUUAUCCCAAAUUUGAAAAUGAGAAGUCUGAUCUUGAGGUGAGGACAAGGAUGAUAGAGCUUGUAUCCAAAGGCCUUGCUACCUUGGAGGUUUCACUUAAACAUUCUGGGUCCCUCUUCAUGUAUGCGGGUCAUGAAGGUGGAGCAUAUGCCAAAAAUAGCUUUGGAAAUAUAUAUACUGCUGUUGGUGUUUUUGUUCUUGGACGGAUGUUUCGUGAGGCAUGGGGUACUGAAGCUGCAAAAAAGCAAGCAGAGUUCAAUGAAUUUCUUGAGAGGAAUCGGAUGUGUAUAUCGAUGGAACUGGUAACUGCUGUUCUAGGAGACCAUGGACAGCGCCCCUGUGAUGAUUAUGUGGUACUAACGGCCGUUACAGAACUGGGCCAUGGAAAGCCAAAGUUUUACUCAACUCCGGAGAUGAUUGCUUUUUGUCGAAAAUGGCGUCUGCCAACAAAUCAUGUGUGGUUGUUCUCUUCAAGGAAAUCUGUGACAUCUUUUUUUGCUUCAUAUGAUGCUCUCUGCGAAGAAGGAACGGCAACCCCUAUUUGUAGGGCUUUGGAUGAAGUUGCAGAUAUAUCAGUACCAGGUUCAAAAGAUCAUGUAAAGGUCCAAGGUGAAAUCUUGGAGGGGCUUGUGGCUCGGAUAGUGAGCCAUGAGAGCUCAAAACACAUGGAGCAGAUCUUGAAAGAUCAUCCUCCUCCGCCAAAUGAUGGAGCUGGCCUUGAAUCCGGACCUAGCCUAAGGGAAAUUUGUGCUGCAAAUAGGUCAGAUGAAAAACAGCAAAUGAAAGCGCUCCUUCAGAAUGUUGGGUCAUCCUUUUGCCCUGACCAUUUAGAAUGGUUCGGUAAUGAAUCUUAUGACGUCCAUAUGAGGAAUGCUGAUAAGUCUGUUCUUUCUAAAUUUUUGCAAGCUCAUCCUGCUGAUUUCGCGACCACUAAGUUGCAGGAAAUGGUACGUUUGAUGAGAGAAAAACGUUUCCCUGCUGCAUUUAAAUGUUACCAUAACUUUCACAAACUUGACUUUGUAUCAAGUGACAACCUAUUCUAUAAGAUGGUCAUUCAUGUCCAUAGCGACAGUGCUUUCCGUCGAUAUAAUAAAGAGAUGAGGCACAAGCCAGGAUUGUGGCCGUUAUACAGAGGUUUCUUUGUCGACAUUAACUUAUUCAAAGCGAGCAAGGAUAAAGCUGCUGAAAUUGCAAGGAGCAACAAUAAUGUUGUUGGAAAUGUAGAUGGUGGUGGCAGCACGUUAGAAAUGGAUGGUCUGGCUGAUGAAGAUGCAAAUCUAAUGAUCAAGCUGAAGUUUCUUACUUAUAAGAUAAGAACCUUUUUGAUUCGGAAUGGCCUGACAACUCUUUUUAAGGAGGGUCCUGCUGCUUACAAAACCUACUACCUGAGGCAAAUGAAAAUUUGGGGCACUUCAGCUGCAAAGCAGAGAGAACUCAGCAAGAUGCUUGAUGAAUGGGCCGUGUACAUACGAAGGAAGUAUGGAAACAAACAGCUGUCUUCAUCAAUAUAUCUUACUGAAGCAGAGCCUUUUCUCGAACAAUAUGCAAAACGUAGUCCACAGAACCAGGUUCUUGUAGGAUCUGCGGGGAACUUAGUGAGGGCUGAAGAUUUCUUGGCGAUUAUUGAAGGAGGCAAGGAUGAAGAGGGUGAUCUGGCAACAGAGAGGGAGAUUGGCCCGACAAGCCCUAGUCCCUUGGUGAAGGACACUGUUCAGAAGAAUGAGGGUUUGAUUGUAUUCUUUCCAGGAAUUCCGGGAUGUGCUAAGUCUGCACUUUGCAAGGAAUUACUGAACAUCACAGGAGGACUAGGAGAUGAUCGGCCAGUCCAUAGUUUGAUGGGUGACCUUAUCAAAGGAAAAUACUGGCAGAAGGUAGCUGAUGAGCGCAGGAGAAAACCAUAUUCAAUUAUGCUUGCUGACAAGAAUGCGCCAAAUGAAGAAGUUUGGAAACAGAUUGAGAACAUGUGCCACAGCACUCGUGCCUCGGCAGUUCCAGUUGUACCCGACUCUGAAGGGACGGAUUCAAAUCCAUUCUCUUUGGACGCAUUGGCAGUUUUCAUGUUUCGGGUGCUUCAACGAGUUAAUCAUCCGGGGAAUCUUGACAAGUCAUCUCCAAAUGCUGGAUAUGUUCUCCUAAUGUUUUAUCACCUUUAUGAGGGCAAGAGUCGCAAAGAGUUUGAGGCUGAAUUAGUCGAACGUUUUGGCUCCAUUGUCAAGAUGCCCCUUCUCAAAUCUGAUAGGAGCCCUCUGCCUGAUCCCUUAAGGUCGGUCCUGGAAGAGGGAAUAAGUCUGUAUACGCUUCAUACAGACAUACAUGGAAGGUUGGAGUCUACUAAGGGUUCAUAUGCUAAGGAGUGGGCUAAAUGGGAGAAGCAACUGCGGGAGACUAUGUUUGGCAAUACAGAAUAUCUUAAUUCUAUUCAGGUUCCAUUUGAAUUUGCAGUAAAGCAAGUGUUAGAACAGUUGAGAACUAUUACAAAGGGUGAAUACAUAACUCCAGUCACUGAGAAGAGGAGACUUGGAACCAUUGUUUUUGCUGCUGUCAGUUUGCCUCUUUCAGAUAUCCAGAAUCUUUUGGAUAGCCUGGCUGGGCAGAACCCAAAGGCUGAAGCUUUUCUCAAGGAUAAGCACAACUGCCUUCAGAGGGCUCAUGUGACUCUUGCUCACAAGAGAAGUCAUGGUGUCACAGCUGUGGCUAGCUAUGGCCUUUUCCUUGAUCGGAAAGUCCCUGUAGAAUUCACUGCCAUUCUCUUUACAAAUAAAAUGGCAGCACUGGAAGCUCAACUUGGCUCUGUUGACGGUGAAAAAAUAGUUUGUAGAAACAAUUGGCCCCACGUUACCUUGUGGACUGCGGAGGGGAUUGCACCCAAAGAAGCUAAUACAUUGCCACAGCUCCAUUCUGAGGGUAAAGCAACUCGGAUAGAAAUCAAUCCUCCAAUAACCAUAGAAGGCACACUGGAAUUUUUUUAAGUGACUCCGGAGUGGAUUCGUCUUCUGAGAGUUGGAUUGACCGAUUACAAUCGUUUUGAAUAACCAGUGUUAUGGGAACGAGGGGAAAUUUUUGAUGCAACUGCUCCCAAAAAAUUUUGUACAGAAUUAUUAGUAUAGGAUCACUGGCGAACAGAUGGAGGGAGUUGUGAUGGUUCCGACUAUUUCCUCUUUCCAGUUAUAAUGCAAAAUACAGGUUAACAUGCAACUCAGUAGUAAAGUAGCAGGGUGUAACUGAGGUAAUACAUUCAAUUCUCAGAAAUAACAUGUCCACAUAUUAUGUGGGGUAUGGUCUGUGUACAUACCUUACAUGUUUUUGA